CCGGACUGCGCAUGGGUCGCCGUGACGCAUGGUCGGCUUUUGGAGCUGUGGCGAGCGCCAACGCUCGAAACCGGCUGGCAGUUCGAGAAGUACCGCACUCUGGGUGGUCACAGAGACGACAUCCGGAAAAUCACUUGGUCGAGUGACUCUCUCUACCUCCUGACGGCUGGCGAGGACAUGCAAGUGCGGUUGUACUCAGUGUUGGACCACGAAGGCGCCACGGGAGUCGUGGCGACGCCCAUCGCGGCUCCGGCCAGUUCGACGAAGACGAAGAGCAAGAAAAGAAAAAAUAGGCAAGGUGCGGACGAGGAUGAUGCUGAGGAUGCAAACAGGCUUGCAGAUGGAGAAAACCGUGAAGAGGACGGAGAGGAAAAUGGCCCCGGGGCCGCUAGUACUUUCAAGCGACUCGGACGCUUAGGAAAAUUGCUGGGACACAAGGCAUCAAAGUCAUAUGGCGGUUUCAAGCCUGUGAUUUUCGCAGAGUUGCGACAAGCUGUGCGAGGGUCGUUUUUCAGCGAAAACAAGGAGCACGUCAUCUGCGUGUGUAAGGAUGGCGUGGUCGCCACAUGGCGGUUCAAAGUUGACGAAGCUGCGCUAUCUUCAAGUAAGUCGAAAACGAGGGUUGAUGAAGCCUCACUCGACGACUUUGAUUGGAACAAGCACGAGAAGAAGGAGAAUGGAGAGGAAGAAGAGCAUUUGCAGAUUGGCACUGCCGCAUCUGCUUCAUUCUCGGCUUUCCUGGCAAGAAGCCGCGACGCGAUCAAGACGAAGAAAACCUACGACCCCGAAAAUGACAUCCUUUUGAAGCCCGGAGAAUGGACCUGCGCUUCAAAGGUUUUCAUGAACCUACCAAAUGGUCAGAAAAUCACGGAGACGGCUUUCAACAUAAAAACGAAUGUGGUGGUCGCUGGCCUCACCCAGGGCGUCUUUUCUCUCUACGAAGUCCUGCCUUCGCUCUCUUUACUGCACACGCUAUCCAUUGGCGGAUACUCAGCAAUCGACAGUAUUGCUUUCAACAACACAGGAGAAUGGGUGGCGCUUGGAAGCUCCGCAGCUGGACAGCUGCUAGUUUGGGAGUGGCAGUCUGAGACAUAUGUGCUGAAACAACAGGGCCACCACUGGGGUGUGCAGUGUUGCGCAUUCGCACCAAGUGGUAUUUCUAUUUUCUCUUUUGUGCUCGUCAGCCGCACCACACUUGCUUUGGUUUGUAAUAAAGAACUGUGACUUUUUCGUGACUCGUCUUGUAAGUAGUUCUUUUUGAUAUGAUCGAAAACAUAAAUGAGAUAAUAUUCGAAUUUCAUCCGUGUCAUCUUCGACAACAAUCCAAGUUAUUCGCAAUGCUGGCGCGAAAGCAGAGCUAACCAGUAACGCAGGACAGGGCGGAAGUGUCGGAUCGCAACAGGGAGUUCUAGCGACUGGAGGGUACGACGGAAAGGUGAAGCUUUGGAAUACCGUGUCCGGAUUUAACUUCGUCACCUUUACCGAGCACACAGCAGAAGUUCGGGACAUCAUCUUUACACCACAGGCCAACGCCGUGAUUUCCGCUUCAGCUGACGGGAGUGUGCGCGCAUUUGACUUGCUCAGGUAAAGUUGAUGACUAUUUCAAUUUCGUGGUUGAGUUUGGACGGAUGAAAAUUUAAGUUCUUGGAUUUUCUUCAUCAUGAUCAUCGUGUUGAUGUCCGACUUCUACUCUCAGUGAAACCACAGGAUAGUACGCAGUUAGAUUUUUUCCAUUCGCUCAACUGCAGGUAUCGAAAUUUCCGCACCUUCGUAUCUCCGCCUUCGGAGAAGAAGAUUUUCGGAUUUGAGUCCGUAGCGACCGAUGGGGGCGGUGAAAUCGUCGCAGCUGCCGCCAAGGGCGACACCUAUUCCGUUCUCGUUUGGUCGAUCCAAACGGGCCAGCUGCUAGACAUUGUUACCGGUCAUGAGGCGCCAGUCAGCUGUCUCCGAUUCUCAUCGAAUCCAGCGAAGCCAGGCGAGCUCGCAACCGGGAGCUGGGAUGGAAAUCUCACUGUCUCCGACAUUUUCAAGCGCGCAAAGGGUGCGGCGCCAGAGAAGUUGCAGUGCGGAGCAUCAGUUUUGGCAUUGGCGUACGACCCAAGAGGAAACAAUAUGAUUGCCUGCUCGUCACUUGCGGGACAUAUCUCCUUCUGGGAUGUGGAGCACGGAUGCAUCAGAGGCAGCGUGGAAGGUACAUAGUUUUUGCAUUUCUUCUUGAUGUCACUAGUUGUUUGUUGAGGCCUUGAUUACCGCUAGAACGACCGAGUAACCAAUUACAAAAUGAUAGACAUACAUAGAUCCUAGGUACUAUUUUUCCUCAGAACCUUGCACUAACUUUUACCUACAACUUGUACUUUUAAAAACCAUUCCCAUGGAUGAACUGGAUGAAUCGAUCUUCCGAUGUUAUCGUUCUUCAGGUAUCCGCGACGUCAAGUCUGGUCGAGAUUCCAAGGGCGCAAUGUCCGCUGUGAAUAAUCGUGGCAAGACGAAGAAAGACAAGUACAAGUUUAGUCUCGAGUUUGUCAACUUGAACCAGCACUUUUCCUCCAUCGCCUACACGGCAUCUGGCGCUUUACUUCUGGCUAGCAGUCGCAACAGCCCACAUGUCUGUCUGUACUCAACUAGCGCUUACGAACUCGUCCAGCGAUACACUCUGACGAAUAACCAGAGCUUGACCGGCAUCAAGGUGCUACUCAAUAGCUCAAAAACAGUAGCUGACGGUGAGGCCUGGGCCGACUUCGACUUGAGCGACAGCGACGCCGACGACCAUGUGCGAAAACAGAGGCGAAUCAAGGACACGGAAGCUCUACCUGGUGUGGUGAACGGCGAGAAAUCAAAAACGUACCUAUAAUUUUCUUUUCAUACCAUUUUUGUACUUUAUUAUUUAAUAGAGUGAGGAAAGUAACGGGUUUCGAGUUGUUCGAGUUGCCACGAGUUGCUCGAGUUGCCGAAGCGAAGCGCUCCACUUCUGGAACGAGUUGCCACGAGUUGCCGGGAGAAACCUGGCCCAUCGACGUGGGGCUAAGCAGGGCAGUGCGGGUGUGGAAGUGCUUGCUCGACAUGCGGGCCGCCGUCUUCGCGACCUCCGUCGCAAAAGAAGGCCGGGGAGGCGCUGCCUCCUUCCGUUUGGGAUCGAUAGCGGCGCGCCGCUCUCGACUCGGUGACGGGGGGCAAGUGCCUUGCGCCCCCCCCUGUGGUGUAGUUAGGGGGUGCCAUUGAUGUAUAUUUAUAGAAGCUAGGUAUAGGCUUUCGCCCCGCGGCGUUGCGGUGUGAGCGAGGGGCUGCCGCCGGGGUGUGUUCGUGGCUGGCUUACAGCUGGAGGGUGCCGCUGUGAGUGACAUUGGGAAAAAUGCGGCGGGGGUUGAUGUAUUGGCGGGUAGCUGUGGGAGCGGUCUGGCGUUGGUGGGCAGCUGGGUGGGCUGGUGCGGUACAUGCCGCACCCCAAGGGUCCCCGCGUUGGACCCUUUGCGGCCAUUCGGCCGCCCCCCCCUUGGCUGUCUUCCCCUGGCGGAUGCCUCUCCUGCCGGCCCGCAGUCCUCGCCUGGUAAAGCAAGCGUCUCAAGGGCGCACCAAGAAGAAAAUCAAGGAGCAGAGACGCAGUUCGCAUUUCCAUACGCUCCUGCUAAGGUCUGUCGAUGUCUCAGGAAGCUGCGCCCGAAGGGCGCCGCGCAAAAAGAUAGGGUGGGCAACUCGAGCAACCCGAGCAAAUCGGCCUGAUACGGGUCAAAGAUAUCCUUACUCGAUUAAAGAUGAUAACGAAAAUUUACCGAUAAGCGUUGGCAUUCUGAUUCUUGUUUGUCUACUUCGUCCGAAAAAGACACACCUCCUGUCAUUUCCCACCUUUCCAUCAAAUACUUCCAGGUAUUCGCAAAACCAAUUUCACUGCUGGAAUUGCGAUUUUAGCAUGGAUGGAAAGAGUUUCGCAGUCGCAACAUCACACGGCUUGCACCUGUACGCCAUUGAUAGCGGCACCGAGAGCGAGCUUUCUACCUACGGAACCGCGCUAGAGCGAUUCCAACCGGCGAUCUUGACUGAAAAUGUGUCGAUUCCUCGAAUCUUGCAGGCACUGCGCGAGCAGGACCUGACGAAGGCUUUUAUCUUGGCGUUAGCGCUGAACGACGCACAAGUGCUCCUGCAGUUGUACGACAGAAUAGACCUGAAGAAGAUGCCAGCCGUAGUGCAGAGUGUGGGUGGAGCGCUACUUCCCACUUUGCUGCACUUUCUGAGCUGCAUGUUGCAUCCGACGUGGGGCACUGUGAGCGUUGAACGGCACGUCUGCUGGCUCGAAGCUGUGCUCGAGACGCACAUCUCAACGCUGUUGCAGUGGACUAGUGGCGGCAAUAGGCCGCGUGAGCUUCCCAAUACCAGUGUAAAGGGAACGAGCAGCGCGGGCGCUGCAAAUGGUGAUGUCGCCGCGACAAGCAGCGAUCCUAUCCUUAUGAACACGAAAGUGCAAGUGGGAGAGGUGCAGGCGUUGCUUUUGCAGUGCUUGCAGGGUAUGACGCAAAAGUUCACGAAAUUACAGCAAGUCUUCGACAGAAAUUCGCAUGCUCUGACGUACCUCAGCGCCUGUGCUUUCGCGAUUGCUGAUGAUGAUGACGCUUGCCAAGAAGAACAGCAGGGAGAAAAGUGAGCGGAAGCUUCAUUUUCCUCGCUAUAAAUCAAUGCGAAUGCGAUAUCAACAUCUGUCUCCAUUUAAGCCUUUUCAACAAAACUCAAAGAACUAAUUUUUUCGAUGUUGUGAUGGUGAUUGCACCAAUUGAUAGUGAAGAACCGCCUGUCGUGCUUGUGCCACAGGGACGGUGACAGUGUCCAAUGCGCCUUUCGCGCUUUUUGACCUUACCAGUUUCAGGCGAUUGUGG